AUGGACUGGGAUUGUAAGAUUAAGCUGGCUCUUCCAAACCUCUUCAUCCCUCCAAUCUUCGGACUGGGUACCCCGGUGGAUCAGAUCAAUCCAAGAGUGGGGGUGAAAUGGGAUGCGCCAAAGGUUGGGUGGUGCAAGGUAAACUUUGAUGGUGCGUCUAUAGGAAAUCCGGGUCAAAGUGGAGUUGAUUGUAUUCUGAGGGACUCUGAUGGUCUCUGUUUAAAAGAAAUCUCUGAAAAGAUUGGUGUGGCCACUAAUAAUGAAGUGGAAUUCAAAGCGGCUUUCAGAGGUCUUCAGUUAGGGAAGGAGCUAGGGGUGCAGAGAAUUCAUUUGAAGGGAGACUCAUUAAAUGUUAUUAAUGCGAUCUGCUGUGAUAGCAUCCCUAGUUGGCAUCUUAACCAAUGGCUUCAACCGAUCUUGGCACUGCUAGCUACCUUUGAGGAAUUUCGGGUUAGCCACAUUUACAGAGAAGGUAAUGGUGAAGCUGAUAGACUUUCUAAAUUGGCUAUAGCCAUAGGUGACCCCACCUGA